UAAUCCAGCGAGUAAAAAAGAGGGAGUGUUCUGACGGUAUAAUAGAAAAAUGAAAAAAGUUUAAGCAGAGUCACACCUGACAGCUCGCACAGCGCCACGCUAGAAGGACUGGAGGAAGAACAAAGUUCUGAAGAGCUCAAGAAGACAAAGUGUGUGAGGAGAAAUAUUAAAGGGCAGAAUGAGAGACUCAGCAAAAAGAGGAAGCGGAGAGCAGAGGCAGAUGGAGAGCUUUAAUUCAGCCAAUGGAAAACAAUCUGGAGGACUGGGGAAGGAAGAUGAUGGCUCAUAUACAGUGAAGUUCCAAGGGGCUGGAGUGGAGGCUUUUGAGCUAACGGUUCCUGGGUUCAGUCUGGUCCAGGAUACAAUAAUGACCAUCCUUAAUAGAGAAGAAGUGGCCCCUCGAACAUCCCUUGCUCUCUCACUGUCUGGUGUAAACCUAGACCCCUUUGCUGAGCUCCAGAGUGUUAAAGGCUUCAAAGCAGGAGUCACACUCAGACUAAUAGAAGAGCCAUACUCUCCCCGCUCAGCUCAAGCUCAUCUGGCUCGUGUCCAGGAGCUGUUGAGUGCCCCUAGUCCCCAGGAUGCCUUGAGGGAGGGUCGAUCCCCCAGUGUUUUAAAUACGCUCACACACAUGGCUGAUGUCACUUCUACUAAUCACUCAUCAAAGGGGAAAAGAACGAACAAUAAAACUGAGCAGAUGAACGAAACUCCUACACCACCUGACUACGUCCUACCUGGGACUGCAGAGCGUCCCCCUCUGGCCACCUUACUGCCCACUAGCACAUACCCUGAGGUUCCUAGUUGCCUGCUGGAUCUAUCACUUAGUCCUUGGAACCCUCCACCUGGCUCAAGGAAACUGCAGGGUGACUAUCUGUACAUUAGUGUACAAACACUAGAGGGCAACUACUAUGACAUUACAUCAUCUCCUCGAGGGUUCUACCAAAACAGGUCCACUGUGAAUGUUUUCGACCCACGUCCUGUCUCGCCCACUGCAGUGUGCCACUGCCUGACUGACUUGCUGUCUCAACUUAGUCCACAAUUUAAGCAUAACUUCAGUACUCUCCGACAGAGGCCUGCUCUGUCAACAGAAGAGUCCAUGUCCACCCCUUACCGUACUUUGAGCUGGCUGGGAGGUUCGGCACUCUAUUCCCACAAAAGUAAUAAUAGUUGUAGACUCGGUUUGGAGCAGGGCCUCAACAAUCAGUCUCCAGACUGGAAUGAGGAAAUGCAAUCAGCUAGAGAUCUACCACAGAACACGUUAGAAGAGAGACUCCAAAGAGAAAAAGCUUUACUACAGGUCAAUAGUGCCUUUGUAUGGUCUGUGGCCCAGGCUGCUGAAAAAGUAAUAGAUGGCUUUGUUGAUCCAAUUAAUAGUUCCAAUGACACCCCAGCAUUCCUGUGGGGUGGUCUCUUUAUGAACAUUGGUGGACCUGGAGAUGAUUGGUUGGGUGGUGACCGCGGACGAAGGGCAGCACAGAGACUUGAACUACAAGCCAUACAGGCUUACAGUGAUUUAGAGGGAGACCUACAAGAGCUUCACACUCUCUCAACUGCUCUGGCCGACUACCGAGGCCUUCGUAUUUGUGCCCAAGGUCUAGCACCUGGCCUUCAGGCUCAAGAUCAGUCUGGAGUAUCCACUGGUCUCCUAUAUAGCCUCAAUACUGGCCCUUUAGAGAACCCAGCACGGAGGAAGCUCUUGCAGCUAUUAGCUCAGUCAGCCAAGGGCCUUGGUCUGCAGAGGCACGCAGUAAUCGGCCCCAGUGGCCAUCAGGUCUCCCUGUUCACCGCCAUCGAUGCUCAGGGACUGUUAGGAGCAGACAGCCGUUAUUACAUUCUUGAUGUAUUUCGAACAGCCCCUGCUGAUGCCAACUAUUGUUUGGAAGAAGGGGAAGGAGAGGCAAAAGAGAGCAGUGCUCCCAGGCGUUUUCCUCAUGGGCUAUGUCGCCUACGACCAGAGUUAAUCAAGGCUUUUGUCCAGCACAAGCAUACUGAGUUUACAAUUCGUGUUAGAGAAAAAAUGGAAGAGAGUGAAGGGAUUGAGGAUGGUGUAAAAUCAGGUGACUCUAGAGGCACAGAAGCAGUGAGAGCAGCCUGCAAAGAAGUUGGCUCUAUCAGUGACAUCAUCUUUGAAAUGCGUUUUAACCCUAACGUAUUAUCUUCAGGUGUGCAGUUUCCUGAUUCAGAGAGUGCUGCUGUGGCCUUACAGGAAAGAUUACUAAGAGAAGCUGCUGCAUUCCUUGCUAAUGAUCAGAUAACAGCAUUGAUUAAUGACUGUUGGCACUGCAAUGAGAUGCCCAUUGAUGGAGCUACACUACGACAAGCCCUGCAUAAGAAAGGCAUAAAUCUCCGUUAUUUGGGUCACUUGAUCUCCUCCAUCAAUCAAUCAGAACACAAGCAGCAACUGAGGCACAUCACUAGAUUGGCUUAUGGAGAAGUUGUAGUGCGCUGUGCUCGAAGAAUCUUCAAUGGCUACAUACAGGGAGUGGAGCUGUCUAAUCUUUCAGCAGCUGUAAGUCACUUCUGCUGCUGCUUAUUGGUGCCUCACUUUAGCUCUGCCUCAAAUAAUGAGGAGUCUAAAAAACGCUCUAGGAGACGUGGUCAUAAAGGUGGAGGAAGUCUUGAUAAUACUGCAUGGAGCUUGCUCAGUGGAAAUGAACUGUGGACCCUCAUAUGUCAGGAUGCUCUAGAGACCUAUGGCCUUAAACAGGGACUUGGGUCAAAUAUUGACCAACUGGUUGAGCAGUAUGGGCUUCAGAAGCUGUCUGUAUUAAGAGAGAUCUGCUUGAAGAUUGGCAUACAGCUCCGGCUUCGAGAUUAUAUCUUUGACAACCGUACCAAAGCCCCAAUAACCCCAGAUGAUGUGCUAAACCUCCUGCCUGUGGUCAAACACAUCACCAUGCCAACAACAGAUGCUAUGCGGUCAUUCCAUGCAGCCCAGAACAGCAUUGAAAAAGGGUUGUUGGAGCAGGGAUAUGAACAGUUGAAAGAGGCAUCGUACCUGUUCGGCCGUGUGUGUGACAGUUUACAUCCUGAAGCCUGCCACUGUCUCAGUCUGCUGGCUAAAAUGGCUUAUGUUCAGGGCCGCCCUGCUGAGGCUCGCAGUGUACAAAUGAGGGUGGUGGUGAUCAGUGAGAGAGUACUGGGCUUUGAUCACCCGAAUACCAUUCAACAAUAUGCUGUGCUGGCAGUAUAUGUCUUUGCUGGAGGAGAGACUGCUUUGGCCUUGCGUUGUCUGUAUAGAGCUAAAUCGCUCAUGCUCAUAGUUCACGGGGAGGAUCAUCCAUAUACAGCAGUACUGGAUACUUCUUUAGGCUUAAUGCUGCAGGGGGAAUUGUCAUUGCAAUAUCUACAAAAUGCACUGAGACUAAAUGCUUCUUUCCGAGGUGCCAUGGACCUUACAACUGCCCUGAAUCACCACCUCUUGGCUCAGAAGAUGUGUUUAGCUAGAGAUUACAGAGGAGCCAUGGCUCAAGAGAAGGAAGCGCAUAACAUCUUUGAGAAGAAGUGUGGUGACAAUCAUCCACAGACUAAAUGCAGUUCUGAGUUCCUCAAUGCUGUUACUCAGCAAGCAGUGCGUGUGGAACGGUCCAUAAGACAGGGAGGGGUUAAGCUUACAGACUUGAGCACACCUGAGAAUCUGGUUCCUUCUCAAGAGACCACCCUGGAGCAGCUAGCUCUGGUAAAUGGUAUCCUGAAAACUUCAUACAGCCUGAGGCUUAUGGAAUUCAAAGAGAAACUGAAAGAAAGAAGAGCUUGUGAGGAAGCAGAGAACGCUAAAGCAAACUUGUCUACUGAGGUCAAGAUUGUUGAAGCUGCAUCCAGUGAAGCGCAGAGUGAAGAUGUGAGUGAUGGAAAUGCCCAGAGUCAACCAGAAAAAACAGAUACUACAGAAGACACACCCAGCCACUUGAAUGGGGAAUUGGAGUCUCACGUACAAAAUGAAGAUUGUGCAGCAACUGCACAGGAUGAAGUUCGUAAAUCAUCCUCACUUUCAAAAAAGAGUGAAACAGAGUCAAAAGAGAUCAAUAUAGUAAACAACACCGAAGCAGCUUUAGUAAAUGGAGAAUGCAAGCCCGUUGGUGAAGCAAUGCUUGUGGAGAAUCAGACUCCAAAGAACUGAGACAUCUAAAAUUUUUAGAGAUUGCAGACAGAUAAACAAUUAUCACUAACUUUUGGGGGAUGGGAAAAACACACACAACAUAAUGUAUUUAAGCACAGUUAUUUUUAUUUGGGUUCUUGACUGUCCGAAUGAUCUCCAGAUCUUGGCAGUGCUCAUACUGGGGCUCUGAAGAUUCAUCCCACGUCGAUUCCGGGAGAUUAUGAAGCUUGAGUGGAGGAAACCGGAUGAGGGCAGUAUCAUUAAACACAUCUAGGAAACGCUGUGAGCAGGGCAGUCGUGUCUCCUCACAAGCAUUUAUUACCUUAUAGUGUCAAGGGCUGGAACAUACUUUGGCAACCCAUCCCUUCCGUCUAAAUAUAUUACACAAUUGAAGCAACUAAUUUCAUAGUUCCACAAUUUCACUCGCAGUUUUUUCUUUAUGUUAUGGACAUUUCUCAUGUUCUUGAUGACAUUUGCAAAUAAACACCAUUCCUUAA